AUGAUGUCAAGACGACUGGCGCGAACAGUGCUCGACAGCAGCGACUUGUCUGACUCUGACGGCGAGGGAUUUCCUUACCUUCCACUGUCGGGAAAGAAGCCGCAGCCGAAGGAAGAUAUGAACUUAAAACCGGCCACGAAGACACCACAGAAGGUGCUGAAGUCUUCUAAGCCGAUCUCGACGGUGCGGCGGAGAAAACUAGGCUUGCCUUCUGACAACGAGUUGCUCGGCUCCUGGGAGCCAGAGAAAGGGGGGAAAGAGAUCGACUUAGAAGAUGACUCGGAUAAGGAGAACGUUGGGCAGCGGCGGCCGGGCCCGAGGGUUCAGCUUAGGCCUAGGAAGCCCGUGCUGGGUCUUACUGUUCCUUCAUCUCCCGACAACGAGGACGAGGAAUAUGUUUCAGCCAAGGAGGACAUGACUUUGAUUGAGGAGGUGUCUAUGGUUGAUGAGACAUUCCACUCCUGCCGAGAAGACGAGGAGGAGGAAGUGUAUGGAUUGGAAGAGUUGGAACUCAGCGAGAGUGAAGACAAUGACGACAAAAAUGACUCGGACUAUCAGUACGAGGAAGAAGAUGGCUCUCCUCUUGGACCUCCACGACAGGCCACGAGGCACAAGAGUUCCUCGAGAUCCCGAUCUCUCUCUACCAAACGUAGAGGUCGGGAAAAGAAGAACAACGACGAGGACCUUGCCGAGGCUUUGACCCCCUUGAACUUGCCCAGUUCCGAUCAAUUCUGGAGCCAAGAGUUCGUCGACGAUUGGAAUGACGAACAUUCACCACGUAAACUACUUUUCCCGAAUCCCGCAAAGGCUGGCGAUCAGACUAAGUCCAAAAAGGUUGCCACCGACCCGGAAAAGAUGACUGCCAAGCAAGCGGCCGCUGCGACGCGCAAAGCCAAGAAGGAGUUCGACGCGCAAAAGCACCAGAUGGCCGAGGACUACGUCGCCGAGCUCGAUCGCGUCAUCACCGGCGGAAAGCUCUCCGAAAUGACAGCACUGACCGGCGGGAUCCGGAUCAAGUGGACAAAAACCCUCAAUAAAACCGCCGGCCGCGCCAACUGGAAAUCGAGAACGCACACCCAUCUGGCGUCACCCUCCGAGUGGAAGUCUCCCUUUGGCUCGGAGGAAAACUAUGUCACUGUCACCAAACACACGGCGACGAUCGAGCUUGCCGAGAAAAUCGUCUCGGACCGCGACCGCCUGCUCAACACGGUGGCGCACGAGUUCUGUCAUCUCUGCGUCUUCAUGAUCAAUGGCCGUGACGACCAGCCGCAUGGGCCGGACUUCAAGUACUGGGCGCGAAAGGUGAUGGAUGCGUUUGGCCAGCGCGACGGCAUCGUUGUGACGACCAAGCACACGUACGUGAUCGACUUCAAGUACGUUUGGGAGUGCGUCGAGUGCUUCCGGAAGUACAAUCGGCACUCGAAGAGCAUCGAUCCUAGGCGGCACCGGUGCGGGGUGGAGGGGUGUCGUGGUGAGCUCAGGCAGAUCAAGCCUGUGCCGAGGGGUCAGGGGAAAGUUGCCAGCGCUGCUGGUGGUUCUGGUGACGAAGGGACUCAGGGAACAAAGGAAAAGAAGCCGACAGAGUACCAAGAGUUUAUGAAAAGGCAGAUGAAGUUGGUUCGGCUGCAGCAUGAGGGGAUCUCGCAGAAAGAGGUAAUGAAGAUCGUGGGGGCUCGAUGGGCAGAACACAAGAAGCAAGGGAAAGCCGGAGCAGGCAGAGCUAAGCCUCAGGUCACUGAGAUUUCCAGCGCUCAGCCCACGACCGAGGUUAUCGAUCUCACGCUGGACGACGAUUAA